UUGUUAAUCAACUUGCGUUUAUUUUCUACUGCCUACCCCGACUUGUUUUGGUUAAGCCAAUUUCAAAUACAGUUGCACGUCUUACACGUGAUGGAUUUAAAAUAAUGUCACGGCGCUUUAUCGAAAUAAUUAGGCAAACAGUUACAGAGUAACAGCACAAACUUUUGAAAUAAAGCACGACCCGGAUGCGAUUGCAGGGCUGCGCCUGCUGGCGGAGGGAGGCCCGCUGCUGGGGGGCACCGUGCAAUCUGGCCGCUACAGCAGCGGGGCACCGCUGACUCGGCUCUUGCUUGUUUUUUCCUUUCUUUUACAAGUAUUUUGGUGCACUUUAACGCCACAAUAGUCAGACUGAAAAGGCCAGAGGAAUUACUAGUGCGUAUGUUUUGGUUGUGUAAAAUCCAUCAGAGUUUGGCGUGUUUUUUCGGAGUUUGGUGACCAAGCAGAGGGAUUUAAUCAGCCCGGGAGUCUGCGUGCUACCGCGCGUUUCUUUUGCGCCGCUUUAACGGUUCUUCAAUUCUGUCUGACGUCGAUGUGCCCUGCAGUGCUGCGGCAUCAAGGCCUGAACCUCUGCUCUGUUAUGAAAGUCCGGGAGCCGGAAAGGGAACCAGGGAUGCCGAUGGCUGGACGUAGAAGUCUGAUGGUCUUCUGAGGAAGAAUGGGCAGUGGCUGUAGCUGUAGAGACAGAGAUCCAGUGCCAGAUGACCAUCAAAACCAGUUUAAGGUCGUCAAUGUGGACGACGACGGUAACGAACUGGGCUCGGGCGUGAUGGAGCUGACCGAAGGCGAGCUGGUGCUGCACACGCGCAAGCGGUUCACGGUCCGGUGGCCCUACCUGUGCCUGCGCCGCUACGGAUACGACUCCAACCUCUUCUCCUUCGAGAGCGGCCGGCACUGUCAGACGGGCCAAGGCAUAUUCGCCUUUAAGUGCGUGCGAGCGGAGGAGAUCUUCAACAUGCUCCAGGACAUCAUGCACACCAACCGAAUCAGCGUGGUGGAGGAGGCGGUGCAGGAGGAGGCGGCGCCUAUGCCUCUACCCACAAGCUGCCUUCUGCCUUUGGAGGCCAAUGGGGCUCCGCUGUGCCCAUCGUUGGAAGGAGAUGCAUCGCGUCCAUCCAGCCGACACUCAUCUACCCGGUUGCCAUCAGUGGGGACAGAGUCCACCCACCCUCUGCUGGUCACUGAUGAAACGGUCCACACGUAUGUGAAUACCACCGUGGUUCAGCAAGAGGAUUGUGAGGCAAGUGGUCUCCACCUGCCGGUGGAGCUCGGGAUGUCUGACCCAGAACCCCAGGUGCUCCUGGACCACAGUGGGGCGAAGUUCACUCUCGGGCCCACACCUGUCCAGAGGCAGCUGAUGGCCAAGAAAAGGCAACCAAACUCCGCAGAAGUGGACCAGGGAAGGAAUACUCAGCCUGGCGGUGGUGCACCAGUUGAAUCGGACGGUGAUAAACUGAAGCAAUCCUCAGGAACUCCUAGGUCUUCAGAGGAUCUCCGGAAAGCGACAGCCCCUCCCACUCAAAGCAACCAUUGGCUUGGCCCAAUCUCUGAUGACACUGGCAUCAAGUGGGUUGCUCCGAGCUCAGAACCUUCCCCUUCUCCGGCACCUGUCUGGGUACGCCGUAAGCCUUACUCCGAAGAAGCAGCAAAGACGCCGUGCCUCAAUGGUCACCCCACGCCCCCACAAACGGACCCAUCGCGCUGCUACGUCAACACAGAGAGUGCCCUGAGGCCACACCCAUGGCGUGGGCCUGAUCGGUCCCCUCCCUCCAUGUUCAAAUUCGAUCUCCACUGGCCCGGCUUGGACCCUCACCGGCAGCUCCACUACAUCGAGCUGGAGAUGGAGAGGGGCUCAGGUUCCAGCAGUCCCCACACUCCCUGCACCCCCACCCCACCCCUAGCGCCACCGGCGACCCGUCGCACAGAACUUUACGCCAUCAUCGACGUGGAGCGUACGGUCGCCAUGUCCAACCUUCAGAAAGCGAUGCCGCGAGAGGAUGGGGCUUCCAGGAAAACGCGGCAUAACAGCAAUGAGCUACCCGUGUGACUCACCCGGAGCUGCAGUCUCACCAUGGAGAGCGCCCCCUUCAGGGCCGCUGGGGAACAUCUCAUGGUGGGCUUUCCAGAAGAUGAACAGUCGCGACCCCUUAAACUUGGAUGAAUUGUUAUGUAUGUGCUGUGUAUUUAGUCAAGGGAGAUGGUCCAGGAUCUUCACCCAUUGUCAUUUUUCCUCACAUUUCAGUAUCUGAAGGUAAUACAUACAAAUUUGAAAUUAUGUCAGAUUUUACAAGUUCAGAAUGUAGAUGUUCUGCUACAUUUGGAGCUCAGUUGGUUGUACUUGAAGUACUUUAACUAGGUGGCAUAUUUUCAUGCCCGUUGCUUGCAAGCUGGUAGUAAAAGUUAUUUUUUACGAAGGGAUUGUAACUUUACAAAACUACUUGCUUAUUAUUAACAUUUUAUUCUCCUCAUUAGAAAUUCAUAAUAAAUAUGAAACGGUAACAUAUAUGAUGCUGCACGUUUUAAUUUGGUAUUCGUAGUCCUGUCUUUUUUUUGAUGAAUAUUAAAGAUUUUCCUACUGUUUAUAGGAAUUGUGUAAAUUAUGGAAUAUUAUUUUUGACCAGUAAUGAAAAUGAUUUUUUUUACUGAAUGUUUCUCAUCCUGCUCUUAUCAGGGCUGUCCGGUGUUUUGUGCGGAAUUCUGAAACGGCUGAUUUGAAUGAUUGGAAAUUACCCCCCAGCCCGCACCACUUUGGAGGAAAAUAAUGAUUUGAUUUUGGAAUGGAAUGUGAAUGGGAAAAAAUGGGGUAGUUUUUUUUUUUUUUUUUUUUUUUUUUUGUAUACUUUGCUAUUUCUACGUUUCUAAUUAUAUUUAAUUAAAUGGCAUUCUUAAAAGGGGGGGGGGAGUGUAUACUUUGCAAUAACUAAAUGUCUUACCAUUGCUGUUGUUACCUGAGCCUUAUUUCAGUGCCAUGUUUACAAUACGAGACAUAUACCGCCGUUCUGAGCCCGUGUCGCCGUACAUAGUAGCAUAUGGCAGUAGCACCGGCUUUAACCCGGUCGGAUUGACUAAUGACAAACUGAUUAAAUCUGUGACACAUUGGAGCUGCCAUGAUUUGUUGAUGAUGGCAACGCUAAAAAUGCUCCAGCGUCGAUAUUUUAAAUCGUCUUUUCAUGGGAUUACCUUUUUAAUAUCUAAUUUAUUAUAACGAAUUCAUUAUAAUUGUUUUCUUUCAACGUCACAUUAAUUAUUGGAGUAGUUCGAAUUAUCACAAAACAAAAAGGUGGUUUGUACACUGCACGAGGUGUGAAGGACGUUUCCGCAACAAUCGCCCAACGCAGGAGCGCCCGAAUAGGCAGAACCGGCAUAAGUGUUGCCUGUUCAUGUUUAUUAAAUUACUAUUAGUAUGGAAAGUUUUUAGUGUCUUUUGUCCUUUUAACUGCCAAAUACACCAAUUAAAGCCA